AUGAAGAAAAGGGUGGUUGAGGGAAUACGGCAGCAGAGCAGCUAUUCCUGCAGUGACAGGAAGUGUAGAGACCCCUCAGCGUCAUGUCAUCAUGUGACUGGAUCGUGCAAUGGGCCGUGUAUUGCUGGUUGGCAAGGACUACCUUGCAACGUGAGUGUGACCCAAUCUACAGACACCAGUCAAAAGGACAGUGAGUCCACGAUUGUUGCAAUGGCUGCUAUAAUAGGAAUACUUUCCGUAAUACUGAUUGCAGGUGCUGGGGCAUUCUUCUGGUACGUCAGACGCCACAGGAUGACGUCAGGAUCUACAACUAAAGAAAACACAAGUCCAACAAACCAAGAUGGCGAACACUAUGACAUCGUGGGCGGACAGACCGGUCGAGAACGAAAUACCGCCAGAGUUGACGUUUCUUACGAGGGUGGAUACGAGAAUUCACCACGGUCACGUGGAACAGAUGAUAUUCCACAGCGCCCCCUAGGUGAUAAUGAGAGGGGUAACGUUAAUGCAGGACAAGACAUUCAGCUGAACGAAUAUGAACAUCUUGAUCCAUCACAAUCACCGCAGAAUAUUUACGAUAAAGUUACUUAACCCACUUAUAAACAAGUCACACCAACAUCUAGAUGCCAACUACUUGUGGUAUAGGGCGAACAACCUCUAGUGGAGAUGAGGGGGUGGGGCACAGUUUCUUAUGGGGGAGCACAGUCUAGAGAUAUCUAGUGGGGGGGGGGGGGGGACAAACCACAUCUUUAUCUUUAUGAAGAGUAGGACACAAAAGUUAAUAUUUUCCUCCUUGAAUGGAAGGUGCAAAGACCCCCCCCCCCCCCCCCCCCCCCCC